GGGGAACAGGGCUUUGCAUGAGAACAAUAUUGUUUUGCUGCUACCUUGAUGGCCUCAGCAAUUUGCUCCAGGACUGGCAAAAGGACAAGAAAUGCAAAAGAAAACAAAUCAAUGGAAAGCUCCAGAAGAUGCAGAGGGCAGCCGAAAGAAUAAAACAAACUCCAUCAGGAUCAGCUGCAGGAGAACCGCUUGGGUCAGCCCAUCGGAGGCAACCCUGGAGAGCUUCUGCUUAACUUACUUCUAUCCUGCCUUUUCCCUAGACUGUGUGUGUUUGUGUGUAGGCAGAACCACAGAAUUGUACAGUUGGAAGGGGCCUCCAGGGACCAUCUAGUCCAACCCCCUGCCAUGCAGAAAUUGCAGCUGCAGACUCCCCAACAGACGGCCUUCCAACCCCUGCUUAAAAACCUCAGGCGAAGGAGAUGCCGCCACCCCCCCCCCCAGGGGAGGGCACUCCACUAUUGAAUCGCUCUCACCCUCGGAAGGUUAUACAAAGCCUCCCUCUGGCCUCCUCCUCCUCCUCUAGAUGACCCCGGGAUGAUCCCCUCCUAUCUCUCCACUCCUGAAUUCGAGGAGGGGGUUCCUUGCCUCCUGCAAAGCCCUUUCCCCUGCAAGCUGUUCCUCCAGUUUCUGGCCAAAGGAGAGAGAUGUUCAGAGUCCAACCAAGAGCCUCACCCUCAAAAGGAUAUAUGGGCAUUAAAUCCAUAAAAAAUAAUAAAAAUCUGAGCUUCAGCCAAGCGAGAGAGGGCUGAGCUGGGUGGACUCGGCUUUGCAAGGGUUAAAGGGAAGCGAGCUGCCUUCCUAGAGAGGACAGGAAGCAAGGGGGAUUCCCAGGUCCUCCAAAGCCAAAGUCCCUCCCUCCCCAGUCCUCCUUUCCUGCUUUGGUGUCUCUCCUGCAAGGGCUGCAUCGCUGUCCCUUCACUCCUGGGAUGGUCGGGGUUUCCUAGCACCUCUCAUCAGCACAGGCAGAAAUUGGCAGAAGACAAAAGGCUUCCUUCCAGUCUCGCAGAGGCUUCCUGAGACCACAGAUGGAUGACCGAGACUCAGCUGGCCCUGGAGCAGGAAGAGGCCAUGGCAUCCAAACUGGGAGCAGUGGGGGAUUCUGGGAAAACUCUGUGCAGAAGAUGCUGGGUGAGGAGGACACCCUCCGCUCAGAGGGGCAGAGCCAGAAGUUGAGGCAGUUCUGCUGCCAGGAGGCCAAAGGACCCCGAGAGGUUUGCAGCCGACUCUACCACCUCUGUCGUCAAUGGCUGAAGCCAGAAAGGCACACGAAAGCUGAGAUGCUGGACCUGGUGAUCUUGGAGCAGUUCCUGGCUGUCCUUCCCCCGGAGAUGGAGAGCUGGGUGAGGGAAUGCGGAGCGGAGACCAGUUCUCAGGCGGUGGCCCUGGCCGAAGGUUUCCUCCUGAGUCAGGCAGAGGAGAGAAAGCAGGAAAAUGAUCAUUUUGCAGAAAUGGACCUGGAUUCCUGUGAGGCAGAGAGGCCUCCGUUGGACACAAGACAGAGGCAGCUGGGUGACAGAAUGAUGCUGGCAAGACCUCCUUAUUCACCUUUUCAUGGGAGCAGAAGGGAAUCAGUGGCUGUGGAACCAGAUCAGGCAUAUCCGCAACUGAGCGUCCUUUCAGCUUUGGCCCAGCCGCUUCAUCAGCUCUGAAUCUACUUGUACUUGUCCUCCGCUCUUCCUCAGUAGCAUGUUGGACGCCUUACGACCUGAGGGGCUCAUCUUCCAGCGUCAUAACUUUUAUAUGCCUGUUGUCUUUGUCCAUGGAGUUUUCUUGGCAGGGAUACUGGAGUGGCUUGCCAGUUCCUUCUCCAGGUGGAUCAUGUUUAGUCAAAACUCUCCACUAUGACCUGUCCAUCUUGGGUGGCCCUGCAUGGCAUAGCUCAUAGCUUCUCUGAGUUAUUCAAGCCCCUUCGCCACGACAAGGCAUUGAUCCAUGAAGGGGUCAUGAGGCCUUAAACACAGCCAAGUCUGUGAAUAUUGUCUUCUUGCUAAGAAAGAGUAAACUCCAGCAGUGAACUGUGGGAUUUCCUGCCCAGAUGACUCUGUGACACCAGCCUUCUGAAUGUCACCAGUAGGAUUCAUCUGUAGUUGCAGUUUUCAUGGAAUCCUAGAUUUGAAAGGGACCCCAAGGGUCAUCAAGUUGAACCCCCUGCAUUGUGGGAAUCUCAGCUAGAUCAUCCAAGGCAGGUGGCCAUUCAAACUAGGCUUAUUUACUAUCUAUAUUCAUCAUUGAAUGCUAAAAUAGGCUAAGCAGUGGACAGACGAUUACAAAUAGUGUCCAGGAUUCACCUAACCAGCCCCGUCUGCUGCAAAAUGGGGCCUGCCCCCCAUUCCUUCCCCUCUCCAUGCCCCCAUGAACCCCUUGAAUUUGGCUCUAGGGCACUGGGAGGGAACUCCCCAGAACAGCUCACGAGGAGAGGAGAAAGUGGAUCCUUACAUCAAGGAAACUGGAAUGCUUGCGUAGGGAGAAUGACUUGAAAACCACAAGGAGGAGUACCACCUAUUUGCACAAAAGAAACAACCAUAAUUUAAAGCUGAUUAAAAUAAUUCAAUUAAAACAUCAAAAUAGGCGAGGCUUCCGGUUUGCCGCGCUGGCAAGAGGACGCAGAGAACCAUUGCGGAGGGGGGGGGAAGUCCGUGGGGCGCGCGGACUCCCCAUAAGAACACCGGAAAGAGCGUUCCGGUGGCUUAGCAGCCCGGCGGAGCUCCGGAUGCGAUUCCUCCGCUGCCCGGGAGCUCAGUAGAGCGACCGAGAGCCAGCGGAGUGGAGUCGCGGGAGCCAUUUUGGGCAACAUCGUCACCUCCUAGAAGCGAAGCCCCGAGUCUUCAACCAGCAAGCGGCGGAUUUUCCUUACCAAAGAAAAAUUCAGACUAAGUAAGUGAAAUCUCCAAUUGGGAUUAAGAUUUAGAAUCGGAAACAUAGGAAGAGGUUCAAAAAAACGGGAGUCGAUCUCUUCCUACGGUGGAGCUAAGAAGUGGUAAAAUGCUCCAAAGCCGAUAAGUAACUGACUGUGUCUGGAAACCCUAAAUAAAUUUCUGGGGGAAACCUCUUAUCAGCCCUGGGGCCGGCACCCCACGAGGCCCAGCAAAGAAAUAACGUGAAAGAAGUUUGACAGCUGUCAAAAAAUAAAUGUGGUGAAAAAUUGGCGAGUGAUAUUAGUGGGAAAUCUGAAAAAUUGAAUUGUUUGGACUAUGAAAAGGGAUUGCCAAGAUGGAUGCUACUGUUUGCGAAGACGGAAAUUCCAUUGUCUUUGUCUUCUAAUCUCCAUUCUGCUUGUGACUGUGAAAAAAUGUCAACAUCCGGAGCAUCUGCCUUCCAACAGACUGUGUUGGGUUAUUUGGAAAUACUGCAAGAUCUCUUAAAGGGACAGCAACAAUUUAGCUCUCUGUUAACCAGCUUUGUGGAACAUGGACAGGACUUAAAUGAUAUUUUGGCAAAUGAAAGGGAUCUUAGAAACCAAGACUUGGUGGAUGCACAACAAAUCAAGAUAAAGGAAGAAGAAAAGGUCCAACAUGAAGAGAAGAAUUCUAAAAAAAAUAAUUGAGAAAUUAAUCAUAGUGAACGAUGCAUGACAAAUUAAGGUAAAGGAAGAAGAAAAGGUCCAAUAUGAAGAUAAGAACUCUAAAAAAAUAAUGGAGAAAUUAAUGACAGUGGGACAGCAUCACCAAUUAUGGGCAAUGACUUUUGAAGGGAAUGGGGAGGCUUGGGAAAAUGCAACUGAGCAAGGAGAGGGUAUUGGGAUGUUGGGAAAGCAGAGGGAGGGGAAGACAAAGACUGGGAUUGUAAAAUGGGAUAGAUCUGGCGUGGGUUGAAAAAAUUGGUAAAAUUAUUUUUAGGAUAGUCGAAAAAUGGUUGUGAAAUCUUGGCUUGAUAAUGGAAAUGCUGAUCCGAUUAGGGGAAAGAAUCCAGGGGUGAAGAGGUUAGAAAUGUGAAUAAUUAUCUGAUAUUUCUUGGGGGGGAGGUAGGAAAGGGCUGGGGGAAUUUUUUUUUGAUUAGUGUAAAUUGAAACAGUGUGUUUAGAUAGGCAGUUGGGUGGGUAUCUGCCUAUUUCUCUCCCUAUUAGCCUGGAGCCGCUGGUGGCAGGGGGGGGGCUCUGGGGGAGGGGAGAGUGAGCGGAGCGGAGGGAAACUCAACUGUAAAAAAGAACUCCUUUGGAUUGUCACCUCUCAUAGGUCUACCUAGUGGCAGGAGGGGGCCUGUGGGGAGGGGGUAUGAAGAAGGAGGAAUGUUGGGUUAUUUUCUUUAGAAUAAGAAUGGAAUUUAUGAGUAAGAAAUCCGUUAUAAUUGUUACUAGGAAAUCAUGAAAACUGGGAAGAAGGGAUCUGAGGAAGCCACCAGAAUUAGGUUUGAUGAAUUAAGAAUUUGGAAAUGGAUAUUUUAAUUUUUAUUCUUUUUCUAGGUUUUUCUUUUUCUUUGUUUUUUUCUUUUUGUUUGUUCUUCUUUUUUCAUUUUUUAAAAUUUUAUUCAAUGGGAUUAUAAAUAAAUAGAUGGGGGGUUGCCAACCCCUAUCCCGCCUUGUUAUACUGGGGCCUCUUGGUGGCAGGGGGAGGCUUUAGGGGCAAGGGGGGGAGGCGAGGACAAACCCAUCUAUAAAAUGGACCGCCUUCGACUCUCACCGUCCAGGGGACUCUCUUGUGGCAGAAGGGGACCUUUGGGGGGGAGGGAAGGUGGAUGGAUAUGUAUGAUAUGUCUCUGUUUUCUUUUUCUUUUGUUUUCCUUUCUUUUUUCUCUGUGUUAUUUUAAGAAAUCAAUAAAAAAUUAUUUUUUAAAAAAACAUCAAAAUAGGCAUUCAUAAUAAAAAUGUGCAGCAAAGCAAUCCUAUUGAAACAAGACAGCAAUUAAGAGGAAGGAAAGAACAGAGCAUUGUGUAGCAGAUCAUAUUUCUGCUGUCUCAGAGGAGGACAUUUCCCUUUUUCUUUCAGGGUCCAGUGUGCUUUGAAGAUGUCGCUGUUUGUUUCACGGACGAGGAGUGGGCGUUGCUGGAUCCUGACCAGAGAGCUCUGCAUAAGGACGUCA